AUGAACACAAAGUCCAGAAUUGAAGUAGAGGACGUCGUCCGGAAAGUCCUGUGCCUGCACGAAUAUGCGGAGGAGCUCAGCGACAGCUACCUGGAGAAGAUCCGAGAGACCCCGAAAACUCUGCAGUCCUUCCAAGAGGAAGCGGCUGCGGGGUUCAAGAUGAUGCACGACUUUUUGUACCAUGAGGAGAUUUCACUGAUGGACCAAAUAGAGCGAGACAAGGAGAAGACUCUGUGCUUCCUGGAGGACAGGGUAAUGGACAUGGAUGAAGCUACGUCCUCUGUGUUGGAGCUAGUAGACAACCUCAGCAAAGCCAAGGAUGCUGAUGGACGUUUGGCGGAUGUGGCUGACAGCCAACUGGAGCAGCUGAGAAAAGUGCUAGCAAGGUAUGAGAAGGAGCUGAGGUCCUACGGACCAGAAGUGUUGAGCAGCGCUCCUGUACAGUAUUCAAUUUGCCGUCAGAUGCUAAAGAGCGUGGCGGAAUCGGCGCUGAAGCACUUUACUCUGGAUGUCAACAGCGCACAUCCGUACCUAGUGAUUUCUGAAGACCUGAAAUCAGUGCGGCUGAGUCCGUGCCACCAGGUCCAUCCGAAGAGUCCGCUGCGUUUCCAACCCUGCCUUUAUGUCUUCUGUUCAGAGGGUUUCCAGUCGGGCAGGCAUUACUGGGAAGUGAGCGUUGGGCAGAAAACCAACUGGGUCCUCGGAGUAGCCAGCUGCCAGGUCAACCGCAAGGCCGUGGAAAAUCUCACCCCGCGGAACGGUUAUUGGGCCCUCCGGAAAGCACCGGGAAACCAGUUCUAUGCCCUGAGCUCGCCCCCGGUUCUUCUGGCUCCCCAUCGCAGCCCUACGAAGGUCGGAGUGUUGCUAGACUACGAAAAAGGCAAAGUGGGAUUCUAUGAUGCGGAGAACAUGGUGAAACUCUGCUCCAUCGUGGGUGACUUUCAAGAGAUGGUCCAUCCUUUCCUCUGCCCUGGUUUGAUGUACUCUGAAGAGGAUUAUCACCCUCUUACAAUACAUAAUUAG